GACAUUCCAAGCAUCAGCUGUUCACAAAAUUGAUUUGUGAUUGUGUAUUGUGUAUUUAUGUUGCAAAAUUUGUUAGUAAUUGUGUUUUAUCUUCAGUCGAUCGAAAUUUCGUAGAAAGUGACGAAGAUUCUUCGUUAGUUUUUAAAGUGAUAGUAAGUUUAAGAAGUGUUAUUAUCUAUCGGACUCAUGAGUAGCACAAGUUCAGCAGACACCAAUGGAACAAAAAAUUAUUUCGUGAAUUUUAACCAAGACAGCACAUCUUUGGCAGUUGGUGGCAAAUCAGGCUAUAGGCUAUUCUCUCUGGAAUCUGUAGAUAGCAUUGAAAAAAUCUACAGCAAUGCCACAGAGGAUUCCUGCAUUGUCGAGAGGCUGUUCAGCAGUAGUCUGGUGGCCGUGGUAUCACUGGCAGCUCCCAGGAAGCUGAAAGUAUGCCAUUACAAGAAAGGGACGGAAAUAUGUAACUAUUCCUAUUCAAACACAAUUCUUAGUGUUAAACUUAACAGGGCUAGGUUGGUAGUAUGCCUUGAAGAGAGUCUUUACAUUCACAACAUAAGAGAUAUGAAAGUACUGCAUACUAUUAGAGAUACGCCUCCUAAUCCUACGGGCUUAUGUGCAUUAAAUUCAAACAGUGAUAAUUGUUACCUAGCUUAUCCAGGAUCCUCAUCCGUCGGAGAAGUCCAGAUCUUUGAUGCCAUGAACUUGAAUGCAAAAAUUAUGAUCCACGCACAUGACAGUCCAUUGGCAGCUCUAGCUUUCAGCCCAAACGGUGUCAGAAUUGCUACCGCUUCGGAAAAAGGAACAGUAAUAAGAAUAUUUUCUGUUCUCGAUGGCUCAAAAGUAUUUGAGUUUCGUAGAGGGGUGAAAAGAUGUGUGUCAAUAUCCUGUUUAGCUUUUAGUUUGUGUGGUCAGUUUCUGUGCUGCAGUAGUAACACAGAAACGGUACAUAUAUUCAAAUUGGAAGAACCGAGAGAUAGUCCUAGAAAGAGUGUAGAGGAAACUAGUUGGAUGGGGUAUUUGUCAACUUACUUGCCCACUCAGGUAACCGAUGUUUUUACUCAAGGAAGAGCAUUUGCAACAGCAUAUUUGCCUUUCGGAGGUGUUAAAAACGUAGUCUCAAUAGUUUAUAUAACAGAUGGCCUUCGUCUGUUGGUGGCAACGGAAGACGGCGUUCUGUACAUAUACAAUUUUAACAGUAAAGAAGGAGGCGACCUGGAACUGUACAAAAAGUACCAGCUGGACGACGUUGGUUGCGUCGACCAAGCGGACGCGGCCAAAGUCGACUCGCAAGAGGGCGCAGCCGCAGGCCUUCUAGGUAGCUACGCUGGCAUCGUGAAAGGAAACCACUCGGGCCAAAUGUCAGGUACUGAAUCGGACAAGCUACGCGAGAUGGCUCAAGCCACCGAAGCCCCUCCGAAGGACGCUUUCCACUUCACGGACGACAUGGAAUAUCCUCCACUUACCCAAAACAGUGACUAAGGUUGAUCAACCGCGAAGAAUUCAACCCGUUACACGAACACUAAACGCGCAAAGAAGAUUCAAUGAAUAUGAUGUCGAUCGGAUCCGUUUUGGUCCAUUGUGUUGUGCGAGUCGUCGAUGAUUUGGUCGAUUUUGUUCUAGGGCAUUAUUUUUAAGAGGGUGUUUUGUUAUCGUUAAAAAACUCCUAUUUGUUCAAUUUGCAACAAAUAGGAGUUUCUUUUUUUAAUUAUUGGGUUAUUGAAAAAAAAUCUGUGAAGAAAAUUUAUUCAGCAUGUACAGUAAUAAAAGAUCUUUCGAUAUAUGCCAUGAGCCAACUGUCAUUGCGACAAAUUACAAAAAUCAUCUAUACAUGUAUGAAGAAAGUUAGGUGACAAGUUCUCAAAGAAAGUCGAUGAGUUCAAUAUUCGAUUCUACGCCUACGUACCAAGUUUCAUAAAUAUAUAAAAAAAUAAACAUUUUCAAAAAUCUCGAAAAAAUCCUUGUAUAUUUAUGAAACUUUGUACACACACAUUAAAUAAAAUUGAAUUAUAAAUAACUUUUCCCUUUGAUACUUUCCAAUAUUUUGUCUCUAACCUCACUUUUGUGUAAAUGGUAUUUUUGUAAAUUGCCGCCAUAAUAUUUGUCACAUGUUAUAUGUCAAAUUAUUUUUUUAUUUUAUUGGGUAUGCUAAAUUCAUGUAUACACUGUAUAUAUGUAUGUGUACUUUACUAUCAAUCAAGUUUUUUUCUUACAACUUUAUUGUGCUACUAGCAGCUUAAAAAGCAAUAAAACUUGAAAAAAAAAAAUUAAUUUGGGGUGUUUAAGUUUGUUAAAAUAAUAUAUUUGUAUGCAUUUGUAUUUCUGCAGCUUGGUUAAAAAAAUAACUUAUUUAAAUAUAAAACUUUUUUGUCCAUACUAUACACUAAAAUUUAACUUUUUUGUUUAUAAUAGUGUGUAAAUUCUAUACAUCAAGUUGGGGAAGAUUUGAACAGACGACAUCUAAAAAAUGACAGAAAAUACAAUUUACCUGUGAACUAAAAUGACUGACAACAACUGCCGUUCUCAUAGAACCUCUCGUUGGACAGACUUUGGCUAUAACCUUGGCAGUCAUUCUUUUGCUUUUUGUUGUAUAUAGAUUGUCUAACCAAAAAAUAAAAUCACAACAGCGUCUUAUGUCAUUUUAAUUCAAAAUUAAGUUGAUUUUUCUGAUACUUUGAGUCACAUAGUUGACGGUAAACAUAUUUCAUCUUUGUUUAUACAAUUAUUUCCAACAGGAGUUUUAAUCCUUUUUUCUCCUUAAUUCACUAUAGAAAUUAGUUUUAUUCAUUUCGUAAAGCAGUACAAAAUCAUGCAAACAAAACAUCCUCUUAAAAUAUCAUCUAAGUUUUUUCAAUUUUAAUAUCUAUUCUAGAGAAAAUUAAAUGUAAAAUAGUAAAAAAAAUCAUUUAAGUUAAUUAAAACUAAACAAUAUAAAUUAUUUAUUAAAAUCAAAAAUAUAAAAAUUGUGUAUGUCUGUACAAGAAAUAUAGCACUCUAAAUAGGAUAAUGGUAAUAAUUUUAAAACACAAAAAAAA